CCGCUCUGCCUUCUUUUAAUUAGUCUUCUUUCUUCUUCUUAGGUCAAGGAUAGUCUUCUUUCUUCUUCUUAGGUCAAGGACUAGCUGUCCUAAAGCUUAAAUCUAAAGCCCCGUGAAAAGCUAGUUGUUUCAGCUCAAAUGAAGUAUAACACAGAGCUGUGGAGCUGAGAAGAGUUCUGAACAAAUACACAGUCCUUUGUUUCGAAAGCCUGCAAAAAAAAGAAGCACUAUCUGUAGCUGAACGUGAUAUAUCAAAACGCAAAAAACGCCUUUUUACACAAAACACAUAGUAUUAUUUCCUUUCUCUUUAAAUGUGUGUAUAUUCAUUAGUACUUAUUAUUAAAGCCAAAGUACUGUUGUAAUCAUGAUCAAUGCAAAGGACAUCCAAAACCCACGUCUAUAUACAGUCCCCCAACUUACACCCCCUUACACCAGCUCAUAUUUUUCUCUUUUUCUUCAUUUCUAAACCCUAAAUCCCAAAUCCACACAUAAAAAAAAAAACCCUAUAGUCCUACUUAAUUAUUCUCAAGAAACUACUUUUGUGAGGUAGGGUUUUCUUGAUUUUGAAAAAAAAAUUUGUUUGAGAAAAGGCAUGAAAGUUGUAGUAUGGAGAUUGAGGAGAUUCAAACUCAAGACUGUAAAUUUCCAAGAAUCAGCUACCAAGAUGAAGAAGAUGAUAUAGGAGAAGUUAAAAAGAGUAGUUUUGGUGAUAUUGGUAAACUUUAUGGGUGGCCGUCAUCAAGAAUUGUUAGAGUAUCUCGUGCAUCAGGAGGGAAAGAUAGGCAUAGUAAGGUUUGGACUUCUAAAGGGUUAAGAGAUAGGCGUGUUCGCCUUUCUGUUAAUACAGCUAUACAGUUCUAUGAUUUGCAAGACCGGCUUGGCUGUGAUCAGCCGAGUAAGGCUGUGGAGUGGCUUCUGAAAGCAGCCGCUCCUUCUAUUGCUGAGCUGCCGCCUCUUGAGGGGUUUCCAGAUGCACAGCAGCUCAGUGAUGAGAAAAGGUCAAGUGCUGGGGUUGAGCCGGGUUUUGAUUCAGCUGAUGUUGAAAUGGAUGAUGAUGACCCGAAUUACCACCAGCAACAGCAACAACAACAACCUUGUAGUAGCAAUUCUGAGACCAGCAAAGGUUCUGGAUUGUCACUUUCUCGGUCCGAAAGUCGGAUCAAGGCAAGGGAACGAGCAAAGGAAAGGGCGGUGGAGAAGGAAAAAGAGAAAGAAAAUGAGUCUUCUAUUGUUGCUCAUCAUCACCAAAAUAUGCACCAUAGCUCUUCUUUCACCGAGCUAUUGGCAGGCGGUAUGAACAACAAUAACAACAACAGCAGCAACAAUAACAGUAACACCAGUCCUAUUCACCAAAACACGGCGAGGCAAUGGUCUACUAAUCCCUUGGAAUACUUUACCUCGGGACUAUUAGGCCCAUCAUCUACUCGUGCAAUCGACAACUCUACUGGCUUCUCGGGUCAAGUUUAUUUGGGAAAUCCUCUACAGCCAUUAAUAGCUGUGUCUUCGCCAAUGUUUAGUAUUUCGGGGGACCAUCAACCCGAGCUGCAGCAUUUCCCCUUUGGCGGUAACAACCUAGCCCCGGUUGUGACCGCCAAUGGGGAAAGCAAUAGCCACAGCAAUACCAGUAACGAGUACAAUUUGAACUUCAGCAUUUCUAGGGGGACCCUUCAGUCCAAUUCUUCUUCUACUUCACCAUCUAUUUUGCCUCAUCACUUCCAGAGGUUUUCUCCUAUAGAUGGAUCACAAAAUUUAUUUCUUGGAACUACAAUGGCAACUGCUGCUGCUGCUCCUAAUGCUGCUGCAUUAUAUGAUGCUCCUUUACAGCUCUUCUAUGGCAAUGGCUAUGACCAUUCAGAUCAGAAAGGAAAAGGAAAGAACUAACUUCAUUAAAAAGCUAGUGCCUUUACUGCCCCAUCUUCAUCUAAGGCAAUUGAAGAUGGAAGCUACAACUAUGUCCCAAAGGGAGCAUGUUUUUCUCUUCGACAGGCUUAUUAUGCUUCUUAAAUCCUCAUUCUGCAUUAUUCAUUUUGAGUACUAUUUUUUUUAAUCUUGUAUUUAGCUAAGGGUUUAUCUGAAACAACCUCUCUAUCUUUCCAGGGUAGGGGUAGAGGGAGGGGUAAGGUCUACGUACGCAUUACUCUUUCCAGACCCCACUUGUGAGAAUACACUAGAUCUGUUGUUGUUGUUACCCUGACAGCAGUUGGUGCACAGGUUUGAAACUCCGGGAUGUAUGCCUACCAAUUUGUGUAUUUCUUGUGAGACGUAAUUGAUUGUUGAUUGGAGUGCUUUUUUUUUUUUU